CUGACCACAAGGAAGUGACAUGUCACGGGGGUGAGGAAGUCCCACUGAGGAAGAAAUGCUCCAGUGUGACUCCAUUGUGUGGGGCGAGUGUGGACAGAGAGAGGAGCAGAUGUUGUCUGCUUAAGGGGAUGGCAAUCCCAAUCCAGUCCUUGACCAGGAGCUGUCCUGUCACUGGCAUUGAGAGGAGCCCGGGGCACCAGGUCCAGGAUUCUGCCUCAGUCCGUGGUGCUUCUCUCCCCGAGCUUCCUGCACCCUGUCCAGCUUGAGUCAAUGUGGAAGAAGAUUGUGAGACCAAACACAGGCUAGACAAGGAAGUGAAGAGGCCUCAAAAAGCAGAAGUGGGCUGUGGAGACUGGACCUUCUGUGAGGAGGCUUGAAAUUGUCCCCCCUCCGGAACCUGGCAUUGCUGUAGGUGAUGUUUGUGCUGCACACAUGACCCCAGGGGACAGAAGGCCGUGGCUGCCUGUAGCUCUGCUCCUUCUGCAGGUCCCAGGCUGUUGGUGUCUGAGUGGCCCCACGUCCGUGACGGGCACCGUGGGGGGAUUCCUGAGCGUUCAGUGUCAGUACGAGGAGAAAUUCAGAGAGAUUGUCAAAUACUGGUGCAAGAGCCCAUGUUUGGGGGAUAUUGUGAAGAUUGAAAAGUCAGACAAAGAAGUGAGGAGCGGCCGGGUGUCCAUCAGGGACCAUCCUGCAAACUUCACCUUCACAGUGACCUUGGAGAACCUCACAGAAGGUGAUGCAGGAACAUACCGGUGUGGGAUCGAUACAUCAUGGCUCCCAGGAUAUAUGAUCGACCUCACCUUCCGUGUUGUGGUGUCUGUGACCCCAGACAUCAGCCCUGCCUAAGGACCCUGCCUGCCCCACCCCCAGCUCUGGAUCAAUCUCUACAGAGUAAAGCUCACCCCAUCCUCUGCCAGGGUAAACAAGGUAUGGGGUGGCUGAGCCCGGAGCCCUUGCUCUUUCCCACUCCCACAUGCCCCAGUGAGCAGGACGACUCUGCCUCUGAAAUCGCCCACCUGGCCAGGGUGCACCUGGAGAAGGGGCCAGGGGAGGGCCAGAGUGCCAGUUAGACUGGGUGUGGCUGUGGGGGGAUGUGGAGCCAGGACAUCUGUCCAGAUGGCCUGAGUGACCAGGACUAGGUGAAUCAGAGCCACACAGCUGACAGAGAGUGGGAGA